CCCAUGUAAUAUGGCUAAAAAACUUCCAUUGCUAAGCAGCCAGUCCGUUGCACUAAUGUUGCUUUUACUUGUUACCAUAACCAGUAUACCGGGAUUUCUAGCAAUACCAGGCGAUCUUCCGCGUGAGUGCUACAAUAGGACUUUUGCAGAUGAAUUCAACGUGUUCGAUUUCUUUUUAUCGUAUGAAGAUACUCAACUAUGGUUAGACGCACUAGCUACGGAAAAUCCUGAAAAGUGUCAACUACAAAAGCUCGAAGAAACGUACGAAGGUCGUAAUGUAAGCGCCAUCGUUAUCAACUACAAUCUCCCGAAAAAGAUCAUCGUGAUAGGAAAUCUUCAGGCCCGCGAGUGGGUUGGCAUGACUUCCGCCGUCUACAUAAUUCACGAGCUGAUACUCAACGCUGGUAACUACCCGGAUGCGAACAAAUUUCAAUGGAUCAUAGUCCCGAUGCCAAAUCCGGACGGGUACGAGUUCAGCCGAGAGCAUGAUCGAAAGUGGAACAAGAAUCGUUCACCUCAGAGCAAUGCAAACUUUGGCGUGAAUCUGGAUGGUAAUUUUAACAACCAGUGGAAUGUCAACGGCAAUCCAUCACGCGCCGAUCCUGCGGGAAGGGUAUACCGUGGUCCGGCCCCGUUUUCCGAACCGGAAACAAGAGCUCUUCGGGAUCUUAUGCACAACCAUAUCGACGCUGUUCUGCUCGUCGAUUUGCAAGGGUUCGGCCAGCUUAUCCUCAUGCCGUGGUCGUGGACGGAGGAGCCAGCACCGAACGCGGACCGUACGAGAGCCAUUGCAAUUGCUGGUAGCGCUGCAAUCUUCGAACAGACACAACAAUUUUUUGAUGUUGGAAUAGCAUCCGAUUAUUUCCCAUUUGCCUACGGUGUGUGUCAUGAUUAUUGCAAUGCAAUUGGGGUAAAAACAUGUCUCACAUUGAGGCAGACCAUGCAGGAAUACGAAAUAUCGACGGAUCAAAUCAUAUUGUUUGGCCAGGAAGCAUUCGCUGCCAUUCAUGCCAUGGCCGAAAAGUCCAAUUUAAGUAAUAUCUAAAGUCAGGCCAGGCAAAAUUUCCGUUGUUGCACAGUCAAAAAAAGUUUUCUGCGUAAAAGUACGUCCUAUUCCGAGGAAAAUAUUUAAUGAUAAAUAAAUUAUACACCUGUAACUAGAACGACGUAACCACAAUGCCAAAAUAUCAUAACUAAAUACAACGCCAAUAACGUUGUACUGCAGAAAAGGCUAAUACGAUCUACAAACAAAUAAAAAAUAAAUAAAGAAUAAAGCAUA